UGUGUGUUGCGUGUGAGUGUGUGUAUAGAGAGAGAGUGUGUAGAGAGCGCUCACCGAAGUUAAAGCCGUCGGUAAAAGAAAAAAACUCAGGCAUAUUUAUGGAGUGUUUAACGGGAACCCACAGGUGACACGCGCUCCGUCACGAGCCGCCAGAAGACGGCACGCGCAUAAGGACAACAGGUUCAUCAUGUGUUUUUAAAGACAUUGUGUGUGCAUUUUCUGAAAACUGGAGCCCCUCAACUGGAGACUUUUACCAGACACCAGAAAAAAAAACAUAAAGUGUUUGAUGAUGAAGAGAAGAAGAUCCUGAAAACUGAAUCAUCUGCUUAUUUAUUUUAAACAGUGGUGAUCACUGAGAGGAAAUCAUGGCUAAAACCUUCUACAGACUACAACGCUUUUUAAGACAGGCCCAGUUACUGUUUCUUUUCCUGGGUGUGGUUUACAUCAUGGCAGGAAGUGUGCUGCUUCUCCAACGUUCCAAUGUGGCCUUGUUUCAAAAAGGAACCUAUUCGCCUUUGUCAUUUUCUCCUAUACCUAGAUCGCUGGAGGCACCUAGUGUUAGCUGGCACCAUAGGAAACCGGGAUCUGUAGUUCAGAAAGUGGAAGAUAAUCCAGAUCUGUCAGGAAGUAGAGCGGAGAAAGAACGCUUUGUAAAUCGGAACCUGAAAAUUAGACAGCUGAGACGACAUUGGAUUCAGGGUCGGAGACCAGACCAAAAGAAUUUGGAACACAUUCCACCAAACAAGGACACCAGACAUAAAGGAACCUACGUCGGGUGUUUCAUAAAUGACGACAAACAACAUGCUCUUGGAGGAACGGUGCUUUAUGACUUCAGGAAAAUGACCAGCUCGUUGUGCCAAGACACCUGCUUUGAGAGUGGCUACCGGUUUGCUGGGCUGGAAUAUGGAACAGAGUGUCACUGUGGGAACCGGAUCAGUGCUGCUCGGGCUCGAAGUGAGGACUGCAACCUGAACUGCAGGUCUGAAAGGGACUCAUUGUGUGGAGGUGUGGCCAGGCUUUCAAUCUAUAAAGUGGAUGAGGGGAUUCCUGGCCACAGGGGAUACAGAAAUGUCCACUAUCAUGGCUGCUUCCACACCCCAAAGAACAUGAGUGCUGACUUUGUGCUCCAUGCUGGCCAUCAGAACAUCACCUCACAGCUGUGUGUGGAGACGUGCACUGAUCAGGAGCUGCCUCUGGCUGUUAGAAGAGGACGAGACUGUCUCUGUGGCCACACCUCCACUUUCCUCCUAAUGCAACAGAAUGUAGACGAGCAGCUGUGUGAGGGGAAAAAAGCUCCACACUACACCUCUGUGGCCGAUUACUUACAGGUGUACAGCACACCUGUGCUAGAGUCUCGAUGUAGGGCGAGGAUGUUUCUGCCAGAGAGCUCGCCCUCCCUCACUGCAUUGUCUAGUUUUCCUGGAGCGGGUAACACUUGGCUGCGGCACCUCAUCGAGCUUGCUACGGGUUACUACACAGGCAGCUAUUACUUUGAUGGCUCUUUGUACAACAAAGGCUUUAAGGGAGAGAAGGAUUACUGGCAAAGCGGGAGAACCAUCUGUGUAAAGAUACACGAGAGUGGGCAGAGGGAGAUCAAGAAGUUCGACUCAGCCAUCCUGUUAAUUCGGAACCCGUACCACUGCCUCGUGGCAGAGUUUAACCGCAAGAAUGCAGGGCACCUGGGUUACGCAACAGACACACACUGGAAGAGUAACGAGUGGCCCGAGUUUGUAGAGACCUACUCCUCAUGGUGGGUGUCUCAUGCCCUGGCCUGGCUACAGUACUCCAGACGUCUUCUAGUAGUGCACUACGAGCAGCUCCUCACAGACCUCGUCCACCAGCUCAGACUCAUGACGGCUUUCCUUAACGUCACCGUUCCUGAAGAACGGCUGCUGUGUGCCGAGAGAAACCGAGACGGCCACUUCAAACGCACAGGAUCUCGACGCCUCACCUUCGACCCCUUCACAAAAGACAUGAGGACUCAUAUAAAUGGCUAUAUGCGGGAGGUGGACCGUGCUCUCAGGGACAGAAAUCUGAGUGGCCUUCCACAAGAAUUCAUGCCCAGAUAAUGAACACUAAUAAGUGAUAACUAGUACAUGAGGGCAAUGGAUUUCCCUCUACAGGACAGAAAUAAGGGGAUACAUUAAAAAAAGUGCCUGGGAACUCAGCGUUCCAACACAUCAUGUGGCCUUCUGGUGGUUUAUGCUCUUUUUUUUUUAUGAUCAUCUACUUGAAAAAAACAGCAACUCAGUUUGUGGUUUGAACACAUUAAAUCCCACUGUUGAACUUAAAGUCCUUUGAUUUAGCUCAAUUACAUUUUUUUUAUAGUGCUUUUAUUUAUAGACAUUGUCACAAAGAAGCUUUACAGCUUUGUAUCCAGGCAAAGAAAAAUGUCCUCAAAGGACUUGAGGAAUAGACCAGGUUCAAUAGAAACCUGUCCUUCUGGGUGAUACCUGAUAUUAAGAUUAUAAAUCUGAUGUUUAGUAUGUACAAAUUUAGUAUGUAUAAAUUAUAAAUAAAAGUCUUGGGAUGAGCAUAAGAUAGUCUUCAUGAUUACAGCUACAGUUCUUGGGUACAAAUCUUCAGUAUCUUAAAAUUUAAUAGACACAAUUUUAUAGCAGUAACUUGGGUCACGAUUUAGACAGUUUUCCUCUCAUCCCAAAUGUAUCCAAGAUGUUGUUUACAGAAAUGUCAAUUCUAUUAUAAGUGCA